AUGCGUGAAACCGCCAAGCGAUUAGGUGAAGAGUACUGGGCAAUAAUUGAUAAGAACGGCAAAAUUCACGGUAAUAGAACGGUUGAUGACUUCUUGGAGUUUGAUGCAACCCAUAAUGGACAACGCGCACAGAACGCCUAUAUCGCUUUCUUCGUGGAUUACGAUCAACAAGAUGGCUUUUAUGAGGCAUUCGGUCAAGCGUACACGGAUUUCGGUAAAGUAUGCGCUCGUUUCGUGGAUAGACACGGUAAAAAUAUAAAACUGUGCGGUGGUUUCAGAGUACUUUCGAGGAGACUCGGUGCAGAUGAUGACGAGACUAGAUUUCGAUUCAUCAGAUUCGAGAAUGCGGAUAUCCAUCGAGCAGUUGAAUAUCGUUUCAAACAGGCGGCCAUGAUCUCGAGUUGGGGUUAUGAGGAGGGACAUUACGGCAGUGCUGAUAUGCGUCGAAAAACUGCCGAAGCAAUCGACUAUGAGGGCAACGUUAUCAAGGUAUCGCACGCAAUGGAUCCAAUAUUCUUCAAUAAGCGUGUCUUCGUGUUGACUCUGCUCUCGCCAGACACCUUCUACAGUCAGCAAUACGAAGCGGCACCGCCUCGAGCACAUCGAACCCACAGACCCAUCUACCACACACCUGAGCAGAGCGAUCGCAACCCUCAGCAACGAUCCUACGUCUAUUCACAUCGAUUACCCGAACAACACUUCCACCGUCAAUCUGCUUGGAAAUUCUUUGAUCCUUUGUAA